GGGCCACGGUUUUGUCGAGUUUGCUUCAGCUGACGGAGCCACGAAGGUGAGAGUACUUUUAUAGUAGUGAUGAAGUGUGUUUUUGGUAGUCAUUUGAGAAGUAGUGUAUACUGAUGUUGAAAAUUACACAAGUAAUUUGAAAGUACCAUUGCUGGUAAAAUCUGUUAUAUUCCAAGCCCGCGAAAAGAAGGAUGGUGAAUAUUUGUGCGGCAACCAGAUUACUCUUGGCGUGGUAUUGCAUAGAUCACAAGGUUUGGUACGAAGACUACCUCCGACGAGGAAACCUUUUGAUAGAAGAAGAUGAGGGAGUGGAAAGUCUUGAUGAAUUGGUUGAGGCACUGCAAGAAAAGAAUCAAAGUGCAAUGUGCCGUCAUGUUAUUUCUCUUGACGCGGUUGAGAUAGCUCCAUAUCCUCUUCGACCCAAGUAAAUUGUUUGUCCAUGAUACAAUUUGAUAAUAACUUGUCUUAUUGAAUAUUGAGAGAUAUGACCCUAUAUAUAGGGAAUACAAGAGUAAUCAAAGUACAAGUAGGAAAGGAAAGAAUAAUCCUAGUAGGAAAGGAAAGAAGUAUCCUAAUUUAAUUAUACUUCCUAAUAUCCCCCCGCAAGCUGAUCAACGGAGACGAGGGACAGCUUGGAACAUAAGUACUCAAAAGGAACUGGCGGAAACGGUUUGCCAAGUAAUGUAAACCGCCAACAAUGCUCCGAAAAUGAGAAAUAUCCUUGAAAGGCAACGAAGGCUUAGUGAUAGGUCUCGUAGCCAUAGGAGUAAUAGCCGGAUGACAGUCGGACAUCCCAGCUCGGCGUAGAAGAUCACGGGCAUAUUUGGAUUGAUGGAGAAGUAUAGAAUCUUGCGUGCGCUGAACCUCAAUGCCAAGGAAGUAAUGAAGAGGUCCAAGUUCUUUGAGCUUGAAGUCACGGUGCAUGGCCUGAGUAACUUCUGAGAUGAGAGUAGAAGAGCUGCCAGUGAGAACAAUAUC